ACAAAAAGAAGACAGUUUGAAAGGAUUUUGUUCGGUAAAAUCUGCAGUAUAGUAUAUAAUACUAUCUAAUGUACUUUGUACCAGGAGUCGUACGUCCAGGCACACACCUUCCUGCAGUCUUCCUUACAUGAACAUUGACCGCUUGGCAGGUUUAAGAAUUAAUACGGGGAACUACUGACAAGUACUUGGAGAUUUCCUUUUGAAGUGAGCAAUGGAAGAGCCACUAUCUCCUCGAGAGUCUGGUCAGUUCGUGUCUGAGCGGAGUCGAGAUGCGUUUGUGGAUGAAGAGGGAGCUAAAUGUGUGGCACAGAUGAUCUACGAGCUCAGAGAGAGCGAAGAUUUCACAGCCAGUGGCUGGAAGAAGAACAAUCCACUGGCACCUCCACCAGACUCGGAUGAGGCUGUCAACUGGGUGUUUGUGACAGACACAAUGAACUUUUCCUUUUGGCCUGACAAAGAGGAAGAACAAUGUGAGGUGAAGUGCAGGGGAAACACCUAUAGAGGUUACAUGUCUCUCUGUGCAGCAAUCACUCGUGCUAUGGAUGAAGGAGUGCCCAUCACAAGUCCCUCCUACUUUUCUCACAUCACUGAGGCCAAAUUAGCACACGUUCUGCGUUCAGACACCACUACACCGAUGCCCAUGUUGAAAGAGCGUCACCAGGUACUAACAGAGGCUGGACGAGUGCUCCUUGAGCAUGGUGGAUCCUUCCGGAAAUUCAUGAGUCGCUGCGAAAAUGAUGCAGAGAAGAUGGUGAAGUAUAUUGUGCAAAAUAUACCAUCGUACAGAGAUGAAGCCAUCUAUGAGGGUAAGCGGAUCUCAUUAUACAAGAGGGCUCAAAUUCUUGUGGCGGAUUUCUGGGGCAUCAUGGAGGCCCGAGGGGAGGGGAACAUCCCUAACCUUGACUACCUGACCAUGUUUGCUGACUACAGGGUACCACAAGGUCUUGUCUAUCUUGGAGCUUUACGCUACUCUGAUGGCCUUAUGGAGGCAUUGAAAAAUGGUGAACUGUUAAGCUCAGGGGAGAGGCGAGAGGUGGAGAUCAGGGGAUGCUCUAUCUGGUGUGUGGAGAGAGUCCAACACCAUUUGUGGAACCUUGUGGAACAGAGAGAUGGGAAGAAAUGUCACAUCAAUUCUGCUCUUAUCGACUUUUACUUGUGGCCAUAUGCUAAAAAACACCACAAAGAAAUGGCACACAUUCCAAUACAUCACACACGAUGUAUCUACUAUUGAUAGCAUCACUUACAGUAUCAUGCUUUUACAAUUUGUUUUUGUAUCGUGAAUAAAGUUAUAAACACCUGGUGGUAUAAACAUUUAAUGGAAGGAAGGAAAGAACCCAUAUGCUUUUUAAAAAUCCCAGAAAUAAAAAUCUGUUAUAUUUGCUAUACAAAUUAAAGUUGACAUAAGAAAGGUAACUUCACUGGAGUCAGGUAAACAUUUAAAUUAAAGUACAUGUUAUACAGAAUAAGGCCCGGAUCACAGUUUUUUUGCAGCGAGAGGCGCCUUUUUAAAAUUGUUUUCUGUUGGCAGAGAGUGUUUUGCACGCUGUUUAUGCACACCACGCGCAUCGCAUUUUCGCCGCAGCGCUCUGAGCGCCUCACAACCUGUCCUCCAAACCAUACUACAAGAAAAGUCGUUUGUCACUUUACUCAAAUACGACGCACCGGACCGUUACCCGAAUUAGUGAGAGCCACCGUUGUCAUGAGGUAUC